GAAAAACCCUAGACUCGCUUCAGAACUGACAAAGUCGGUGCCGUUCUAUAUCUAUCGGCGGUCGGCAGCAGAGUCGGAGCGAAGAGAGGUCUCCGGUGAAGCAAAGGCAGCAGCAGAAGCAGAAGAAGUAUCAAUGGCGAAGUCAUUGAGAUCGAAGAAGGAGAAGAGGCUGAGAGCCAUUCGGAGGGAGCUCGUCGAGCCCUUCUACGACAAGAAGGAAGCCGCCAAGCUCACCGCCCUAGAAGCCGCCCUCGCCGCCCCCAAACUCCCCGUCCGACCUAAUCCUAACGCCGGCUCCUCCUCCAUGGACGUGACUGCUGCUUCUGCCGAUGCAGCCUCUGAUCCCACUAAGUGCUUUACCAUGGAUGGAGAUGUAGAAAUGGCUGAUGGAACUGAAACCAAGAAACCCUUGAAGCCAAUUGGGAGGAAGCUGAAGAAAAAAUUCAAGAUGGGUAAAGGCAAGCGUCGUGGUAAGGGCCUGCUCAGGAGUAAACGCAACAUUUAACUUCAAAUAUCUUCCCAUGGCUCGAGUAUAAUGUGGUUGAGCUGCAGAAAGUUUUGAUUAGAAUUCUUCAUGUAUUAUCUUUUAACGGUAGGUGAGAAUCUUUGAUAAAUACUAUGUGCCAACAACUGUUAUCUAUGCAGAAUGAGUUCUUUGCCUUAUA